CUUGGAGGAAACAUAUAGGGGAGGUGCCAGAAGGGCAAAGCGUUUGUUUGGAGACCUUGCUGGAUACACAAGGCGCAAGCACCGAUGGAGUGAAAGGACCAUUAGCUGUAGUCCUGGGGAAAUACGCAGAAGCAGUUUUCCAUGUCUCUCCUUUGCCCUGUUAUUGAUGGGAAACCAACUGGACCGGAUCACCCACCUGAACUACAGCGAGCUACCCACCGGGGAUCCAUCUGGAAUCGAGAAGGACGAGUUGCGUGUUGGCGUGGCGUAUUUCUUUUCCGAUGAGGAGGAAGAAUUGGACGAUAGAUCCCAGUCGGAUAGCUUUAAAGACAACAACAGUCCGAGCAAAGACGGUCCGGUUGCGCUCAAUGAAAUCGAGUACUCGGCGUUCUGCUGUCAGGAAUGUAUAUACUCCAAAUUGCGAGAAAACGAGGACCUGAAUGUUUAUUCGGUGAAAACUUUGUUAACCAUGUGCAAACCCGGAGACCUACUGGAGUUAGUGGCCAACGCGCAACCGCCGCACUGGGCGAUAUUUGAUGGGGAGGACCAGGUUAUACACCUAUACAAAGGCGAGAUCCGCAAAGACAGCUUGUUUGAGAUCAGCUGUGGUCGGCAGGGCAGGAUAGUAAACAAUCGGUACCGGUACCGGCCUCUGCCCGCCGAUUUGGUGAUGCAGAACGCGAGCGGGCACCUGGGUCUCAGCAGCGGCGAGAUUUCCUGGACGAACUCGGAAAGUUUCGCCGCCUGGUGCCGUUUCGGCAAACGGGAGUUUAAAGCGGGCGGGGAGGUGCACUCGGUCGACCAGCGGUACUUUCUGAAGGUGCACCUGUCCGAGAGCACCGCGCACACGCUCAUGUUCCGCAGCUUGGAGGAGAUGAUACGGGAAAGACGGCGGGUGGACGCCAGUGGGAUUCUGUCGCUGGUAAACGGAAAGGAAUGAUCGGGACUCUGCAUGCCUUAUACAAGGGCAGCGUACCUUUAUUGCAAGACUUUCGAAGGGCUGUGCGCAUUCGCGUGGUACAUUUUGGCAAAGACAACGCCCCGUCUGGUUAUGGUGUGCGCGCCGACGGCCAGCCCUAAAGUCAUUUACCUUUAAAAAGGAAAAAGCUUAAAAUAUAAAUAAGGUGAGCCCUCAUCACAUGAACGAAUGCCGCCCCGUAAAUUCGCACCCGAGCCCUAAAGACCCUGGUGCGCGCUGCAGCAGAUGGUGCGUAAGGAGCCAGGAUGCAUUAAAAUGUAUUUUACUGAACUCCAGAGCUUUAAUAAUAAACGCGUUAUUGCGCAUCUGUCCAGCUGCAUUAGUUGCAUCCAGACACUCUCUCCAAACCUCUCCAGGCGGCAACACACGACGAGCCUUUGUUUUCAUUCUGUUACAAACAAACAUUCUUUUGUUUUCGGAGUCCAUAUUUUUGUAUUUCAGUUAGUACGUUGAAAAAAAACUGUUUUUAUUUAAAUAAACGUAGAUUGCCCUAUGAAAAUGGUUUUGGUUUUCGUAUUGUUUUCCCUGCGUAAAAUACCGUCAGCCAGCAUGUGCCACCAGCCUCACGCGAGUGCCUAAUGCAUUAUAAUUCAUUUAUCAACUCACUGUGUUGUCCACAGCUUUGACCAUUUCUAUUUUGAAUUAAGGGUAUUUAUUAACGCCAGCAGGGAGGUCAUUUGUUAACAUUGGCGCAUUAGUAUGUAUGCCUUAUGGGCAGUUGUUGAUGCAUGGAGACAAGGGGCUUUUGUUCCUGGCCAUUGUUGAUGAUCAUUGGUGCGUUUCUAACUUAGACUCUUAGGAGAGAUUUGGGAUAAAAGUCAUGACAAUUUAAAAAGCUGUUUCAUUUUUUUAUAUGUACUUACAUUACACAUAUCCAAUUUAUAAUUGCACUGCUUGUGGAAGCCAUACAUCUAAUUUAACUGCAGUCUACUUUUUUGGCUGCAAGGUUUGCAUUAAGUAAUGGGAGUGCUGUAGCUCCAACACCAGUAAAUAUGGUCAUGCUCUGUUUGUUUGCCUAUUAGGGGCCGUAGACUGCAGCUGGGAUCAGUUAUGCCUUAUGUUCAAUGGGGCUUGAUUGGCCCGCAGGUCCGUGCGGCUGGACCCUUUACAGGGCUCCUGCUUGCCAACACUAACAAGUAAUUCGGAAAAUCACUUUGCACCUGAAGCAAGGCUGUCCAUGUUAACAGGUUUGUCUUGGUGCUUUAUAAGAGCUGCAGGUUAAAGGUGGAUUGUAAAGCACAAUGUAACAAUAUCAGCUUUGUGUUUACUAUGGCUUACUCAUUAUACCCUCCAUUUUAGAUCAUGCAGAGAGACUUUAGUAUUUGGUGCCGUCUUCAUUUCUUUCUGUUUAUUUCACGUUUAUCAUGAGUCUUAUUCUUUGUAAACUGUAAAAAAAACUUGCUGCCUUAAAUGUUUGUUUGAUCAAAUUGGCUGUUCAAGUCAUUUCAGCUAUUUUAAAUUUUGAUGAGUUGCUAAAACUUAAAAAUAUUGCUUAUUACAUAAACAUCAUUUUUUACAAUGUUGUGUUUAUGUGUACAAAAACAAUCCUUUGGGGGAAAUUUGCCAAAAUGGUGCUGUGAGGACAUUUGGGAUGUACUCGUUUGUAAAAAAAACAACAACUUU